AUGACGGAUAACAGAAUCCCACUCUGGCUGGAUUGCGACCCUGGUCACGAUGCCUCAAGUGUGUCGAGGGUCGACGUGGCCGGCUGGGUCGUUGAGGCGGUUCUUCACCGCCAGCAAGCAAAUUCAUCUAAGGCCUCCUCGCUAAUCGAACGGAUACAGGAUGCAUUCGCGAUCCUCCUAGCUGCUUAUCACCCAGGCAUCAGGCUCCUGGGAAUUUCAACAGUCUUCGGAAAUGCAUCGUUAGAGAAAACAACAUGGAAUGCUACUUCACUUCUCACGGCCAUCGGCAAGCAAGAUGAGAUUCCGGUGUACGUCGGCUCGCCUAAGCCAAUAGUUCGUCCCGGAAUGCAUGCGCCGACCGACAUCCACGGCGAGUCCGGCCUCGACGGUACUGACCUCCUGCCUCGGCCCCUGACGCCGGCAAUCCGGGAUGUCUCCGCCGUCGACUCCAUAGCUAAGGCUCUCAAGGCGGAGCCGGCUGGCACAGCAUGGCUUGUUGCUACGGGAUCAAUGACUAACGUGGCCAUGCUGUUCGCAGCGCACCCGGAUCUUGUCGGCCAUAUCAAGGGUCUAUCUAUCAUGGGAGGCGCAAUUGGCGGCGGAUUCACGACUGCCGUCUACGGUGUCGUUGACAAUGUGGCCCGCAUUGGCAACUGGACACAAUUCGCCGAGUUCAACAUCUUCGUGGACCCCGAGGCAGCAGCAUCCAUCUUCGAUGACAAGGCACUGGCUGCAAAGACGACGCUCAUUCCGCUGGACCUUACGCACUUGGUGCUAGCGCGCAAGGACAUCCAGGAACUGAUGUUGUAUGGAGAGAACGGCGUCAAGACAGAAGAUGGGAAGGGCAAGACGACUUUACGAACAAUGCUGGUUGAGCUUCUCACCUUCUUUGCAACGACAUACAAGGAUGUCUUUGGCAUCAUCGAGGGGCCGCCUCUACAUGAUCCUUUGGCAGUCGCAGCUGUGCUAACCGGCACGGAGUGGGAGAUCCCCUUCUACGACUACGACGUACAGGGCGCCGAGCUGGCACCAGUACAGAAGCGAGAACGCUUCGCAGUCAAAGUUGUGACAGAAGGGACGACAGAGGAAGCUUUCGCCGGAGCGGAGACAGGAAGAACCAUUGCCACACCUCUGCCCGAGGGCGAGGAGGGUGUACGGAUACCUAGAGGCCUAGAUAUUCCGAUGUUCUGGAAAGUCCUGGAGGAGUGUGUGCAACGGGCGGAUGAGGUCAACGCAAGAAAGGAGCCAAGUGGAUAG